UCUCCAAAAUCCAGUGGCGUCGAAUUUUUACGCGCAACAUGAGCAAAGUUUUUCCUCCCCAGUUUCUUUUGCAUUUUCCCGUGAAAAUACAAAAGUGAUUAUUGUGAAAAGUGUGUGAAAAGCAUCUUUUGUGAGUGAACAAGACGUUGGAAGUUGCAAAAAUGGCAAAUGCUCCGGAUGAUAUGUGGUCCCCCUUCAAGACACUCUACCAGACGGUGGAGCAGCAUCUGGCGAAUCCUCAUGUGGAGGGGAAUAUCAGCGACCUCGAGGCUGUACUGCAGAGGCACAGACAGAACUUUAUUUCGCUUCUGAAGAACCCGCCAAAGGAUGCCAAGAGCCGCGAGGAGCUCAAUAGGGGCGUCACGGAGGGAAUAACCCUUCCGGACUUGGGGCACACGGUGCUGUCGAAGGAUCUCGUGGAUGAGAGCAUUAUUAUAUCGGAUAUGUUUGAUUUGAAUGAAUUCUGCGCUCUGCAGCUUCUCUGUACGGCUCAGCAGCAAAUGCCAAACAAUCCGGGACUUACCCGGGGCCUUGUGGCUGUUUUACUCUACUACGAUGGCCGGAAGGCUCUCGUGUCAACGCUGAAGGAGCUCUUUCAGGCUCGCGUGGGCGUUUCGUGGUGUGCUGUGAUCUCUCCGGAGCUCAAUCACGUUGUGACACAGUACACGGAUAUGCUGGUGAACUACGACAUCCUCCAGAAGAUUCUUGACCUGCUGGAAGUGUUGGAUUUAUCGAAGGAGAUUGAGAAAUUGUCUGCUAAUAGGGCCUUGGGCUCACCAAAGCACUACCGGCAGAUUGUGGACUUAUUUGAGGAUAUCCGGAUGAUUCUGGCCACGUGCCUGUUCAACUGGUCAGCUCAGUGUGGGCUUUCGGAAGCGGUGACACUUCACUUGAUGGAAUACUUGUCGAAAUACGAACUGAAUGGGCCACGAGGGGGAAUAGAUGACGUCACAUUGACGCUCCUCAUGACCCUCCUGUAUGCCUUUGAUCUCAGCGUGCUGCAGAAGCGCGAGGAUGGGGAGGAGAUUGUCAAGAAGCUCCCAAUCAUUGCCAAUUCCACCUACAUCCCCACCGUAAUGGAUGUCCUGACGCGUGAGUGGGAAUGUGAAGGAUUACGAGCUGUUUCGCAGUUCUCUCUGGGUCUGGCCAUGGCUACCCUCCGGCUGGCACCGCAGAACAUCCAGCCAAGCUCUGUGAAUGCCAUGGAUCACGAUGAGGUGCUCGUGAAUGAGGCCAUAAAGGGGAAAGUGUUUGAAUUCCUCUAUCACGUCGUCCUGGAGAAUGAAUUGUGCUUCCGGAUGGAGUUCUUCAUUCGACGCCUCCACAUUCUCGUGACGGAUUUUGUGGAAUUGAUGCACUCCAAGGUGACGGAGCUGCGUGCAAGUGCUGAUGACACAGCAAGGACAGUUCAGGGCUAUCAGGAUAAUGGAAUUGAGCCUCCAACGCAAAUUAGUCGGGACUUUGAGACACUCCUCCUGAUUGUGGGGAAGCUGUAUGCGGAUGAUCAGCUGGGAUUGUGCCUCUGCAUGGAAUACUGGGGUCCCAUGGAGACAGCAACGAACUAUCAGCGUUCUUCCUCGCGCUCUGUGUCCUUGUUCAAAUUUAUCCGCCUUGCCGGGGAAUUGCUGCCUCCGCUACUCUUUGUGCCCUACCUGAAGAUGCUGGCAGGGCUGUCGAGUUGUGAACAAUCCGCAAGGAACACCUUUAACCUCCUCAAACAGGGAUCAACCAUUUCCGGAAGGACUGCCAUCACGUGGGAUCAUUUCUUCAACUCCUUCACGCAAUACUACACGAAUUUGCGACAAGAGCAGAAUCCCAGCAUGGAUACAGUGUACAGAAAUCGCUCCCUGGGACGAAAUAUCAGCCCACAGGAGAUUGCGGGACUUCAGGCGGUGCUGGAACUCGUCCAGGCAGUGGCGAGGAAUGAUGAAAUGGCUCGAAUAGCCAUUUGUGAGCAAAGUACGUGGUCUCCAUUGCAGAUUAUGGUCGGCCUGGUUGGCUGUAGUGUCAUCAUUCCCCUGAAAGCAGACCUCCUGCGUACCCUGGCAGCCUUAGGGCAAUCCCGUGAGACAGCCCUUCAGCUGUGGAACUGCCUGGAGACGUCACAAGUCAUCCACACGAUCCCCUCGACGGCACAAUUCCACAAUCAAGGGAUUGAGACGGAAAUUGAGCAGAAUGAGAGUCGGAAUGAGGUUUAUCCGCUCACCCAGGGAGUCCUGGAGCUCCUCUACACCCUCACACGCACCGCAAUCCCAAAGAAUCUCGGCUCGGGAACUCGCCGUCCCGGAUUGGAUCCCUACUUCACCUUUGUUGUGGAUAAAGUCUUCCUGCGCUUCUUCAAUCGCAACUACAAGGAACCCGCUGAGCUGUGGGAGGUGGCAGAGAAGUGCCUACGGCUGCUGGAUCUCUUCCUUGAGACGUACGAAGUUCAUCCGGGGGAUUUUACGCAGGAAACAAGGAGUGAGAAUCCCCCACCGGGAUUCCACGUAAUGGUGCAGAUGAAUCGCAAAUCUGACAUGUUCCGCCUUAUUCUCUUCAUCGUGGACAGGGCGGUGAAUGAAUUGGACAAGUACACGAGUGUUCCGGGGAAGCAGUGGUAUCAACGCAGAGUACUGAGUGCCCUGUACUGCCUGAAGAUCAUUGAAAGGACCUUGGUGCUGCAGGAGUUGUUCUUUGAUGCUCAUUCCGUGGCAAAUAGUUCCCUCCUCCUGGCGGGAAUCAAUAAACUCCUCUUGGGUGUCAAUGAGCGCACCGGGAAGCCCGAUCAUGUGCUGAAGAUUACGAAAUUCGUCACAUACCGCAUGUGGAUGCCACGACACACCCUCCUGGCUGUAAAAAUCCUCUCCCGGGUGCUGCGGCAGCCAAAUGUGAAUGCCCACAUUUUGGGCAUUUUCACAAUGACGGAGACGCUGAAGAAUGAGAUUCGGCAUGGCUUUGUGGAGUGUCUGGAGACGGAAGCGGGCGGUGAAAGUGAGGAGAGAAGUCUCAAUUUGGACAUAAAGGAAGCAAUAAUGAGUCUCCUGGCGGAAUGUCUGCCUCAGGCAGCGCCCAAUGUGGCUCACUACCUUCUGGGCUUUGAUAUAACAAAAGAUAUCCGGACGACGCGCCUGCAGCAGCCGGGAGUGAUUGGGCAGACGAGUAUGUGCACAAAGAGUCUCGUGAACAUCCUCGAUGCAAAUUUGGAAUUGAUCAAAGCUCGCAUUCCGACGGAUGUGCAGCAGGAUAAGCUGAUUGAGACAGCCUACAGCCUCCUCUUUGCUCUCUGCCACAAUCCAAAGACUUCCGAAGUUAUCCUGCGAUUCCUUCGCUCUUGCGGGGAUUUCCUCUGUCGUCAUCUCAGUGCACUUCCCUUCAGCAACUUCCAGAGUCCGCAGGUGCUGAGCCAGAUGACAGGGCUGCUCAAAUCCGUGGCUAUUGAGCUCAAAGUGACGGCAGAGAAUAACCAGGUGACGCUCUUCUCGCACCUCAGUCGCAUCCUGCUGGGGCAUCUGGGGACACAUCAAGACACAACUGCCAUGGAUCUGGGGCAGUAUCUCGUCAGCAAUGGGAGAUCCUCACCACCGAAUAUGGAUGACAUUGAACAGAGGCUGCUCCUGGGGCAGCUCUUUGAGUGCCUGGACUUUGAGGUGAGGAUCAUCGAGAGGCCCAAAUGGAAUGUCUACGACAGCAGUCAGAUUGCUCAACUUUUGCAGUCCUGCGAGGUCUCAACCGGAGGGAUUGGCCCAAAAUUGAUUGACAUCAAGAAACUAAAUGAUAUUCUUCGGGAUGAUUUUAGUACGGUUCAGAGCACCAUAGCUGCUGGUCAGAGGCAAACUGUUGUGCAGGAAAUUGAAUCAAUUCUCGUGUAUGCCCUUCAGAUUAAUACGCACAAGAAGGUAGCUUCAGCCACGGCACGUUUCCUCGAGGCAUGGGGGCAGGCUACGGAGAUUCUGUUCAGUGUGGCUCCCGAACUGGCGCUGAGUGUUGAGAGUAAGCAGGGAUUAAUCCUUGAAAUCCUCCAGAUUAUCCUGAAGAAGGUUGUUCAUGUGGAAAUUGCCUCUGAAUUGGCAAAUUUGUGUUCAUCAACUGUCCUGCUGCUCCUUAUAAAUCUCCGUUUGUGCUACGUGAUGACCACGAAGGAGGCAGCAAAGCAGAGUUCUGUGCACUUUUCCCUGAAGACAAAUACGUUGAAUUUUAAAUUUAUUCUCGGCUCAAUUGUUGAGUGGAUUAUUGUAUCGGGAGUGGCAUCGCAGAAGUUGCGAAUUAAUCUGUAUGCUUCGCUGCUGAAUGUGAUGCAUAUUGUCAAGAGUGGCCUGAGGAAGGGGGAUGGAGAGAUCAAGGCGGGUGGUGAUCAGUAUGUGAGUCGUUUGGAUAGGAGUAUGAAGCACAUUGAGGAUAGUCCGGAGGAUGAGGCGUACUACAAUCAAAUUACUUCGGAUGUCUUCAACACGUGUGGGGACAAAUUGAUUGAUAUCCUGUGUCACGAUGGGUCAGGAGGGCACGAUAUUUGCCGGAUGCUGGCCCUGUCGUGCAUUGAUAUGCUCCUGGAUAUGGAUUCCAUGAGUACGUGCAUUCAAUUUAUCUCCCGACGUGGCUACUUGGCGCACAUCAUUGACAGCCUUGUAAAGUCCGAUGAGCAGCUCUGUCAUGUCCUGGAGACAGUUCCGGACAAUCUGAAGGCCCUCUAUGUGUACGAAUCGAAGAUGGCAAUGCUGUCACGCGUGGGAUGCAGCUACAUUGGGGCAGAACUCCUGCUUGAGCAUCAAAUCUUGGGAGUUUUAUCAAAUAUGCGCGUCCUGGAUCUCCAUCCGGACUUCCAGAAUAACACAACUGCCACAAAUAUGUUCACCAUGUCAGCUGCAUUCGUGCCACCCAUUGAGAAGCGCUACCAACAAAUUCUCCUGCCGGCUCUCAAUCUCUGCGACGUCAUCCUCUCGACGCUGAGCCCAGAGAAUCGAUCCGUUGUAGCGCAGGUGGUGCAUUUUCUCUUCUCGCACGGGGAUAUGAUUGAGUUUGUCCUGCGUGCUGGGACACCAUUCCUGAGUUUGGGACUUCUCAAUGAGCUCUCCGUGCUGACGGGACUUGUGGCACGGACAGCAAGUAGUGCCCUCAUUACGGAAGUUAAUUCAAAUCAGGAUCUCGCAGCACAACUCUACAGACUCCAGAAGCAAAUGAUGACGCUCUUCCCGCGUUUUAUUCUCAGUGAAAGUGUCCUCAAAAAGAUUUAUGAAUGUCAAUCCGAGGAUGCGAAGAAGAUGAAGCAUGUCAGGCUCUUCCUGCAAAUCACUGCCAAUCUCACGCUCUACGCAAGGAAUGCCAUUUCAAAUCAUUCAGCUGAUCAUCGUUCAACGGGAAUCCUCUUCUCACCGAAUAUUAGCGAAGGAAUGCAGUCAUUUGAUGGACGUAACAACACCCUGGAGGUCUCACCGAAUCUUGGGAUUAUUAUCACGCAGCUAAAGUGCAUCGUACAGCACUACAGGCGGGAGAAUGGAACGUAUAAAAAUCUCCAGCAGCAGAGGAACUCCAUGUCAACGUUCACGCUGGACAAUAAAGCUCUUCAAUUCUACACGAAUACAAAGGAGACGAUUAAGCAGAAGCAGGAAGAGCUGAAACUCUGCAUUUUCAUUGCCGAACACUGCCUGUAUCUCCUGUGGGCUCAUCUCGACUUUUACAUGCUGCGAGCCCUUCCUGUGGAUACGCUGCAGUUGAACAACAACUGGAGCCUCGGAGGGAAUGAAGGAAUCGUCACAUCCUCCGAAGCUGGAUGGAAGGUGACCUCGGAGAAUAUUGCAGCCCUCAAAAGGAGCCUCAUUUCGGUCCUAACGGAGGAUUUCUGCAAUCAAAUCAUCUCCAUGUCCACCGAGCAAACUUCAACCGAAAAAACAUUCUCAGAUGCCCUCCUGCGAAGGAUUAAGCGCCUCAUUCAAUUUGUUCCGGUUAAAUGAUUUUUUUAAAAGAAAUUUUCUUGGAAAUUCAAAAGAAAAAUUAAGUUUUUUUUUCAAUAAAUCAAUUUCUUCAUAA